AUGGCCGCCGGUAUUGUCGCCUACCGUGGGACCUCCUUUCUGGGACACAGGGCAGCCUACAUGGCGGGACAGCGAAUUCACAACACUAUUUUGGAAACUGGUCUUGUGGCCAUGCUAGCGACGCCGCACACGAAUCGUAUCCCAUUGGUGAGCCCCGCCAAGUUGUUGCAAACCAUCCUUUCCAGUGCGAAAACGUCGGCAUACGUUGUAGUCGCACUGCUAACUGAAGUUUUUUUUUUCUUGCUGUGUGCUACACUGGCUCUUAUCGGUAUACUUCUACAUAUGUCUGUGAAGUUAACAUUGAUCAUAGGCCUCGUGCUUGGAGGUUCCGAGCUUGUACUGCAGCAAUUGCGUCAACAUCAUCAGAAUUGCAAGAAGGAAUUAGCCAUGGGAGAAGCUGAUGUGCAGGUUCUAGCAAUAAAUGCGCUUCAACGCAGUGCGAUAAUUCGAGUUGUUCACGCAAAGUUGGGUAUUUUGGACAUCCUACAAAGGCGUCUACAGCGAUUAGCAAAAACAAAUUGA